AUGUUGUUAGAGGAGAAAGUCUGCGGUGGGAACAAAGACGAAGUUCCUGGCGAGCCGCUUGUUCGAGUGAGUCUUGAUCAUCCCCGCCAUGCGUCAGACAUCUUGGGCUGGCUAUCCGAUCCUCGAGUCGUUUCGGAUGCUACCAUCGGGCUGAGUGAUGGCCUUACCGUGCCAUUCGCUCUUUCUGCGGGGCUCUCAACACUCGGAAGCAGCAAAAUUGUCAUUUUUGCAGGCCUCGCAGAGCUCAUCGCAGGCGCCAUAAGCAUGGGCUUGGGCGGAUGGCUUGCGGCGAGUGGAGAGGCCAAAGCCUAUCGAUCAUGUCUACGCUCUACCAAACGUUUUAUUCAGCACUCCCCGUCCAAGGCCAUGAACCUCGCACAUACGACCUUGCAGCCAUAUCUGCUUCACGACUCUUUUCCCACGGACAUCGCAAUUGAUGUCAACUCUCUCGCCCAGUUUCUGAUGCGCUUCCACCAUAAUCUGCCGGAGCCAGCCGACACACGAGGCGCCUGGUUCUCAGCGGUGACCAUGGGAGGCUGUUACUUCCUUGGAGGCUUCACCCCACUUGUACCCUACUUCUUUGUUGGAGAGGUCGGUCGAGCUUUGUGUUGGAGCUUUGGGAUCAUGAUCGUGGCCCUCUUCAUGUUCGGGAGCGGGAAGGGAACGUCCGUCGCCAUUUUACCCUGUAUCAAAGGAGGUGUUCAAAUGUUAGUCUUGGGUAGCAUCGCGGCCGGUGCAGCCAUGGGGUUAGUAAAAGCAUUCGACGCUGCGGGAGCUGAGUAA